AUUAGAGAGUGACUAAUAUAAUGGCUAGAUCAACAGCCCACUUAGUUGUGGGUUUGGGAAUUUUGUUGCUAAUGUUAGUAGCAAUGGUAGAGGCAACUCCCCCUGGAAUAGCUGAUCAUCCAAGCCAUUCUCAUUGCUCAGAUGAUGAGAUAAAGCAAUGUAAAAAUCUUCCACAUGUUUGUCCUAAAUUUUGUCCCAAUGGCUGCAUAACUGAGUGUCGAUCUUGCAAGCCUAUAUGUAUUGAUGGCUCAGUGCCGCCUCCUGAUGAUCAUGGUUCGUCAAAACCUCCACCAUCAUCUCCUCCAAAGGAAAAAACUCCGUCAUCCCCAUCUCCUCCCAAGGAAAAAACUCCACCAUCCCCAUCUCCUCCUAAGGAAACAACUCCACCACAUUCACCUCCUCCCAAAGAAAAGACUCCACCACAUGAUGGUGAUGAUCACGAUCAUGAUGGUGAUGGUGAUGAUCAUGAUCACGAUGGUGAUGAUCACGGUUCAGGAUCUAACACUGGCCCACCUCCACCACCUUCAUAUCCUCCCAAGGAAAAAACUCCACCGUCUCCUCCUAAGGAAACAACUCCACCACAUUCACCUCCUCCCAAAGAAAAGACUCCACGACAUGGUGGUGAUGAUCACAAUCAUGAUGGUGAUGGUGAUGAUCACGGUUCAGGAUCUAACACUGGCCCACCUCCACCACCUUCAUAUCCUCCCAAGGAAAAAACUCCACCACCCUCAUUAUCACCCCCGUCUCCACCUAAGGAAAAGACUCCACCACAUGAUGGUGAUGACCAUGAUCAUGAUGGUGAUGAUGAUGACCACGAUCAUGAUGGUGAUGACCAUGAUCAUGAUGGUGAUGAUCACGAUCACGAUGGUGAUCAUGGCUCAGUAUCUCCUCCUAAGGGAUCAACUCCGCCACCAUCUCCUCCCAAAGAAGUAACUCCACCACCAUCUCCUCCCAAGGAAGCAACUCCACCACCACCAUCUCCUCCCAAGGAAUCAACUCCACCACCUCCCAAAGAAGUAACUCCACCACCCCCCUCUCCUCCCAAUGAAGAAACUCCACCAUCCUCAACUCCUCCUAAGGAAACAACUCCACCGCCUUCUUUGCCACCCUUAUCUCCUCCUAAGGAAGCAACUCCUCCACCCUCAUCAGAUUCUAAUUCUGCUCCACCUCCCGAUCAAUCUGAUUCUUCAGGUGACCAUAAAUAUCCUCCCCCAACUCCUUAUUCUCCUCCUCCUCCUCCACAGGACACAACUCCACCUUCAUCUUCACCACUGUCACCACCAUCUUCUCCUCCACCACCCUCAUCUGGUUCUUCUCCUCCUCCUCCUCCUCCUCCUCCUCCACAGGAGACAACUCCACCUUCUUCUUCACCACCGUUGCCACUAUCUUCUCCUCCACCGCCAUCAUCUGGUUCUCCACCUCCUCCUACAUAUCCAUCACUCACUCCUAAGCCACCCACACCAAAGAAGGUCAAGUGCAAGAACAAAUACUACCCCAGUUGUUAUGCUGUCCAACAUGUAUGCCCAAGCUCUUGCCCUACAAGUUGUCAAGUUGAUUGUGUCACCUGCAAGCCCGUUUGUAAGUGUGACAAGCCUGGAGCAGUUUGUCAAGAUCCACGUUUUAUUGGUGGAGAUGGAAUUACUUUCUACUUCCAUGGCAAGAAGGACAAAGAUUUUUGCUUAGUCUCAGACCCUAAAUUCCACAUCAAUGCUCACUUCAUAGGAAGAAGAAAUGAAAACAUGAAAAGAGAUUUCACUUGGGUACAAUCUAUUGGUAUCCUUUACGAUACUCACAAAAUCUCAAUUGGUGCACUAAAAACAUCAACAUGGGAUGAUUCUAUCGAUCGUCUCGCUCUCCACUUCAACAAUGAAGCUAUAUUCCUUCCUGAAAAUGAAGGUGAAAGAUGGCGAUCUGAAACUAUACCUAUGAUCUCUAUUACUAGAAUCAGUAACACUAAUGACGUUGUCGUCGAAGUUGAAAAUGUUCUCAAGAUCACAGCUAAGGUUGUGCCUAUAACACAACAUGAAUCUCGAGUUCAUAACUAUGGUAUAACUAAUGAUGACUGCUUUGCUCAUCUUGAACUAGGGUUCAAGUUUGUUUCUUUAAGUGAUCAAGUGAGUGGUGUUUUAGGGCAAACUUAUAGGAAAGAUUAUGUGAGUAAAGUUAAAAUGGGUGCUCUUAUGCCUAUAAUGGGAGGUGACAAAAAUUUUGCAACAUCAAGUCUUUUUGAUGCUGAUUGUCCUGUGGCUAGGUUUCAAGAAUUUGAUAAGGGUUUGUUGAAUUUGGAUUUGCCAAGUUUGAGCUGCAGUAGUGGGAUUUAUGGACGUGGAGUUGUAUGCAAGCGUUAGAAUUAUUUUCCAAUAGAAUGGAGAUUCAGUAAUAAAUGGUGAUUUUUAUAUCAAAAUAAGGUUGUAAUCCAAUAGAAUGGAGAUUCAUUAAUACAUGGUGCUAAACAGUAAAAUGAGUUUGGAC